AUGAUCUUGACACUGCUGUUUGGCCUGGGGGGGGCCCUGAGGUGGGGACUGUUGGGGGCCUGUGCCCAAGGUCCUGGUACCAGGUUCUCUGGCCCACAUGUUCCCACGCAGCCUGGGGACUGGGAUGCAGAAGCCGAGGAGCCCGACGGGGAUCCAAACAGACGUAACUGGUGCCCCUACCAGAAGUCCAGGCUGGUCACCUUUGUAGCUGCUUGCAAAACAGAGAAAUUCCUCGUCCACUCACAACAACCGUGUCCACAGGGGGCUCCUGACUGCCAGAAAGUCAAAGUCAUGUAUCGUGUGGCCUCCAAGCCAGUGUACCAGGUGAAGCAGAAAGUGAUGAACUCAGUGGCCUGGAGGUGCUGCCCGGGCUACACAGGCCCCGACUGCCAGCACCAUGAUCCCACAACACUCCAGUCGACAGAUCCACGUGAUGGUCACCAGGAACCUUGGGAAGCGCCAGUCAGCUCUGGACCUGGUUACCCACUUGCAGAGAUCAGUAAGGUGGUGGUACAGCAGGAACAGCAGAUAGAAGAUGUCCAGAAUGACCUUCACCAGAUGGCUGGCAGCCUUCUGGACCUAUGGACAAGUAACCUCACAAUGGCCACAACGGAGGCAAAUCAAACUGAGUUUGAGUUGCAGGGCAGAUCCUUGCAGCAAGUGCUGCUGCCCCACUUGGAGGCCUUUCUGCGAGAGCAUUUCAGCCCCAUUUGGAGGGGCUUCAAUGAAAGCCUGCACAGCCUUUCACAGACGGUAAGAAACCUGUCUAUUGACGUGGAGACCAAUCGUCAGGCCAUCCAGAGGGUCCAGGAGAGCACCGUGGACAGGGCUGACUUUCAGGAGCUUGGUGCCAAAUUUGAGAGCAAGGUGCAGGAGAACGCCCAGAGAGUGGGCCAACUUCGGCAGGACAUGGAGGACCGCCUGUAUGCCCAGCAGCUGUCCAUGCACCACUCCCUCAGGGAGGUGGAGGCCAACAUAGACACCAAGUUGAAACGGUUCCAUAAGGCCCAGGAGCUCCCGGGAGCCUCUGGCAGCCUGGUGGUGGUGCCUGACCUAGGGGCAAGAGCAAGGCCGGAGCCAGAGAGCCUGCAGGCCAGGCUGGGGCAGCUGCAGAGGAAUCUCUCCACUCUGCAUCUGACCGCAGCCCGCAGGGAAGAGGAGCUGCAGAGCGCCCUAGCGGCCCUGACAGACAUCAGGGCAACCCUGCGCCGGCAGGAGGACGAGAUCAAGGAGCUGUACUCAGAAUCCGAUGAGACCUUCGAUCAGAUCGGCAAGGUGGAGCAGCAGAUGCAAGAGCUGCUGGUCAACCACACUGGACUGCGUGAGCUUCGGGUGAUCCUGAUGGAGAAGUCGCUGAUUAUGGAGGAGACCAAGGAGGAGAUGGAAAGGCACCUCCUGGACCUCAACCUCACCCUCCAGCACCUGCAAGGCAGCCACGCGGACCUCAUUAAGUAUGUGAAGGACUGCAACUGCCAGAAGCUCUACUUGGACCUGGAUCUCAUUCGUGAGGGCCAACGGGACACCACCCGGGUCCUGGAGGAAACCCAGGUGAACCUGGAGGAGCGGAGCAAGCUGGAUAGCCCCGUGGUGCGUGCUCUGAGGGCCGCCUUGGAGGAUCUCUCCCUGGCCUUGGACAAACAGCGCACGGAGAGCCAGCAAGCGCGGUCCGACACCGCCCGGCUGCGUGGCCAGCUGCUCCAGGUCCUUCACGAGGUGGCCGCGCUGCAAGCGGCCGAGGAGCUGGCGCGCCGUGACCUCCGCCAGCUCAACAGCUCCUUUGAGGCGCUGCUGACCGACGCGCUGCGGCACGAGGCGGUGCUGGCCGCUCUUUUCGGGGAGGAGAUGCUGGAGGAGAUGGCCGAGGAGACGCCUGGGCCGCUGCCCCUGAACUAUGAGCAGAUCCGGCUGGGCCUGCAGGAGGCCGCGAUUGGGCUACACGACCAGGCUCAUGGCUGGACUGCCCUGGCCGCUCGGGUAAGCGAACUGGAGCGGGCGAGGAGUGACUGGCAGGACCGGGCUGGGCCUGGCACUGAAGGUCUGGAACCCAUUCACGAGGAGCCCCGUGAGGAGGGCGCUGGCCCUGGCCCUAGGAACCUGGCUGGACUGAAGGUGGAGCUCCGACGCCUGGGCGCCCAGGUCCAGCAGGCUGCGCGAUGCUGCGAAGCCUCCGGGGGCAUUGCUCUCAAUGACUCUCUUGAGGGUCUGCAGACUGCGAUCUCCACCACCCAGCAAGGUUUGGAGCGGCACCAGUUGCUCUUCCACAGCCUCUUUGGAAACUUCCAAGGGCUGGUGGCAGCCAAUUCCAGCAUAAACCUGGGGAAGCUGCAGGUCAUGCUGAGCAAGACACGGAACAAGAAGCAGAGAGACCCGGAAGCUCCCCAGACACGGAACAAGAAGCAGGCAGAGGCUUGGGCCGACACGCCAGGCAAAUACCGUGCCCUGGCAACGCUGAUGGAGGCAGACUCCCCUGUGGCCUUCUAUGCCAGCUGUUCCGAAGGGACGAUGGCUCUGCGGACUGUGAAGUUUAACACCACUCACAUCAACAUUGGCAGCAGCUACUUCCCUGAACACGGCUACUUCCGAGCCCCUGAGCGUGGGGUCUACCUGUUUGCAGUGAGCAUUGAAUUUGGUCCUGGGCCAGGCACUGGGCAGCUAGUGUUUGGUGGUCACCGUCGGACUGCAGUUUAUGCCAGUGGGGAGCAGACUGAUGGAAGCAUGGUAACAGCCUUUGCCAUGGCUGAACUGCAAAAGGGUGAGAGGGUGUGGUUUGAGUUAACCCAGGGGUCGGUGACAAAAAGAAACCUGCCAGGCUCUGCAUUUGGGGGCUUUCUGAUCUUCAAGACUUGA